AUGGUGGCCUACUGGCAACAGGCUGGGCUCAGCUACAUCCGACACUCCCAGAUCUGUGCAAAAGCAGUGAGAGAUGCUCUGAAGUCAGAGUUCAAAGCCAGCGCUGAGAAGACUUCUGGCAGCAAUGUAAAAAUUGUGAAAGUGAAAAAGGAGUAAUGUACCCUGACUAAAGCUUGUGAUGCUC